UUGUUACCCAUUCAGGUGAUCUUCGACCCAGUCAGCUAUAUCGGAGGUGGCCGGCCUCAGAUCUUCAGCUACCAAGGCUGCCUACGUCGAGUCAGGAUCAACAGUGAGGAGGUGGUUUGGUCCAAACUGGACGUCAACAGUCGGCAUGCGGACAUCAUCAAUGGUAGCUGCAUGAUCCAAGAUCGGUGCAAUCCAAAUCCCUGCAAGCACGAGGCGCCCUGCACGCAAACGGGAAACGACUUCUUCUGCGAUUGUUCCAAAACGGGAUACGGAGGCGCCGUUUGUCAUCAGAGCGAGCAUUUCACUUCGUGUUCCGAGGUCGGCCUUUUCUACAGCCGACAGGCACCACGGAAGAACAUCACCAUUGACCUGGACGGCUCGGGGGUGUUGGAGCCAAUUGAGGUGCAAUGUGAUUUCACAGACAUCAAUAUGGUGCAGACGCAUGUCUAUCAUUCUAAUAUGGGCCCAAUUGUCGUAGACGGUUACCAAGAGCCCGGCUCCUACAGGCACCAACUGAGCUACAGCCGUGCGAACCGUGAAACCUUGGGAGAGCUUGUUAGACGGGCGUUAACCUGUGAGCAGGCGAUCACCUACCGCUGCUGGAACUCCCAUCUACUUAGACUGCCAACCGGAGGUAUGGUAUGCAGUGAAGAAAGCACAAACCGACGUGUCAAUUUGGACCUAUGCACCCAUAAACUAGUUGCAGGAUUUAACUAUCGAGACCGAAUUUAG